GACCACGCGUCGCCUUCCAAGGGCGAUGCAGCCGCAGGGCUCUGUUGCUGCAACAUCACGGCGAAUCAGUCGGGGCAGGAGAAGCUUGUCUGCCAGCGCACAGCGGGUGUGGGACAUCUGACAAGCCUGAUGCUGGUCUCCCACUGCCCCGCAAGCACGACGCACGUGGGCAAUGUCCUGCCGGGAGUGACUCGGGUUGGCCGCUGGGGCCAUUGCCACGUCUCGAUGGCCCUCGGUCCACCUGCAUCGCCCUGCAAAG